AUGGAUCAAAAAAACAGAAAGGACACACUCAAUGAUGAGAGCUUUGAGGAUAUAAUUAGCUGGGGCUCUCCACUGAGCAGAGACUCGGACAAUAUCACAUCAUCUCCCAACACGCCAGUGAAUAGCGCUUUGGACUUCUUGGAUGAUGAAGAGGAUUUUCAAAUAAUGAACACAGCCAAGAACUCAGGCAAGUCUAGUGGUAAAGGGAAUCAAAUAUCUGGGUUGGCUAUGAAACAUGAAGCCAAGCCGGAUGCUUUUGGCAGCACAACAAGUGAGAAUACAAGUGAUCGUCUUACUACAAGUGAGACGUACAGCUCAAACAUAGGGGAAGUAAAAGAGCUAAACAUCAUUUCUAGAAGCUUAUUUGAUUCUGACGAAGCAGAAGAUUUUGGCAUUCUAAAAAAUGUGCAAGGGAAGAAAGCGACAGACAAAGAAGAAUGUGAACCAAAUGCCAAAGAUCAGCCACAAUUAGCUCCUGUGCCUACUAUUUCUUCCUCAACUGAUAGUGAUAAUGAUACUAAAAACCCCAGGACAAUGCAAAAUGAUAUCGAGGAUACUCUAAAUUCUGACUUUGAUUUUUCGCCUUCUUCAAUUGAGAAUAUAUGUAAAUCGACCGCCAACAAUGAAACCAAGCCAAGGAUUAGUGACAAUGAGACAAAGACAGCUCCCAACAUUGCAGAAAGCUUCACGGAUGAGGACGCAACAUCGCAUUUUACCUUAUCUGAUUCACAUGAAAAAGCACCAAAGUUUACGGAUUUUCUAUCUUCUGAAUCUGAAGAUUUUAAUAUCUCAGCUAGUGUUCACGAAAAACCCAAUGUCUCUAGUUCACAACAAAGUGGUGUUAAUAGCCACAUUAACCUGCCAGUAUCUUCCGAAAAUAAAGAUAUCUACUAUGAAACCUUGGCUGUUGAUGAAAACCAGCCGAAGGAUGCUACAUUGCAGGAGAAUGAAAAGAGAGCAGAGCAUGUCUUUUUGGAUCAAGAUGGCACUAACAACAGCUCUAUUAAUUUUAAUAAUGAGCCAGAGGAUGCUCAUGGUACAAGCACACGGACAGUGCAUUUCUCAGAUAGAAAAGAUCUGGGAAACAACAUGCCGGUUGGUGUCCAUAUGCUUACCACAAAGAAUGCCACCGCUGAUCUACGAACAAUUUCAGGCACAGUCAGAAUGGUGCCCGAAAGCCAUGAGUUCACAAGUACAAACAGCCUUGGUCCAUCGCAGUCCACAAAGCCACAAAGCACUAUUCUUGUAAAACACAUUGGCGAUGUCAUUAUCAAGUAUUACAGAACAACAACUAAAAGGUAUUCAAGCCAUUCUUUGGUUGAUAAAGUAAUCUACAUUAUAGAGACGCACAGACCCGCCAUUGCUGAGAUCAAUGAUAAUAGCUUUAAAAAUAGAACAAUUGUUGAUAUUGCAAACUCUCACAUUAAAAAUAUUCAAUCCGACUAUUCAAAGAUCAAAGAUAUUCUAAAGCUCAGAGAUGAAGAAAUAUUCAUCCAUAACGUUACCUUUUCUAUUUGCAAGGAAGAUUUAAACUCAUUGGUGUCUGAUAAAAAGACUCUUUUUUCAACCACCGAGGAUGUUUACAAGCACAUCGAAAAUGCAAAGUCUUUAUCUCCGCUUGAGCUAAAUGUUCUUAGAUACAAAAUGGGCCUUGGCUAUUCGCUUCGCAGCAAGGAUCUUUCUCCCAAUCUUCUGAGGCAGGUUGUGCACAUAGACAAUCCCGAACUCACAAAGACAUUUAUCCUCAGUCAAACUAAUAGAAUAGUAUUUUUGAUAAUUUUCUUUAAACUUGGAAUGAUCAAUCUAAAAGACUUUGAAUUUAUAUACUCCAAAAACCUAUUUUACCAGUACGUUUUAUCAAAGAUCGGAGUCAAUUCUGUAAAGACAAAAGAACCGAGAAACAAAUGGAAUGUCAGAAAUAUUGUUGAUUUUGGAAUUUCUAAGAUCUUAAAUGUUGAGAAGCCCAGGAUGCAGGAUAGUCCGUUGGAGGACAUUGCCAGAUCAGGAAAGGGCAUUAUCAUUCCGCAAAAAAAAGAUAUUGUAAAGGUUGAAAACAGCUUUAUGAUUAAUGGCAAAGGUGAAAAGAAUGGCAAUAGUUCAGUGAUAGAAAACACCAGCAAUAAGCUGAGCACUAACAAGAUUGAGGACGAUAGUAGUCUACUAACAAAGGAAGCCAAUUGGCCUGUAAAACAGUCCAGUCUAUCCCCGAAUGUGCCAAAAAGUUCAAUUUUUGAUGAGUCAGAUGAAGAAGAGAAUUUAUUUGAUAGAGUAAAGCCCUCGAGUAUUGAAAGUAAUGCACCCUCCACAUCUGCAACUGCUUCUAUACUUUUGUCGCCAUCCGAGCCCAAAAAAGACCCAGCCAGUAAAGUAAAUAAAGGUGCAGCUUUCAAGCCAACAGUAUCUGCCAGUAGCUUAGAAAAGAAUGAUGCUACUACAGAGAACAGCGCUUUAACGAGGACUGUCAAUGAAAGCAAAGACAACAGCACUUUGAAAUCCGAUGUUGAACAGCCUCAGCUACCAAUAGAGAGUGAUACUGAUAGAGGCCACGACGAUCUGGUCAGUGCUCCCGAAGAGGCAUCCCAGUCGGAUGUUCCCAACCAACAUCAGCUUUACAAGAAGAAGUUUUCAAAAAGCUUUGCUGAUAUCUUUACUUUAGAGGGGAGCAAUACGGUUAAUGAUAAUGUUGAUGUCAGUUCGUAUGUUUCUGAUGUUUUAGAGACUGACAAACCCAUCUUCCAUACUGACGAUUCAGAGACGAAAGGCUCUGUGAUAUCAAAUUUGUUUGGGUUUUUCAAGAAGAAGGGGAGUGAGCCUAGAAAGGCCAAGGACGACUUAGUUCAAAGUAGAAUAUCCAGGCCUUUGAAGGCUGAGAUACAAGCGCCCGAGAAGAAGGAAAGAAAAAUAAUUCAGAGCUCGUAUGCAAAUAUGAAAGAGUCGCAGAAUGUUGACAUUCCAGGGUUUAAACCGGCCAAAAAAUAA